UCGCGGGAUGGUUGUGUACAAAACAUAUGAGAGAAAUGGUGAAGUGGUGAAGGAAUAGACGAUUUUUACAUUUUUACAUUUUUUUCAUUCAAUUUUUCCCCCUAAAAUUUGAAAUGAAUAUAUUUCAGAGGUUUCUUGGUAAUAAAACGUGGAAUUAUUCCCAUGUGCCACCCUUGAGUCCUCUCCAAACUCCUCUCUCUCAUUUCCCCCAUAUGUUUUAUACACAGUCGCGUGAAUGCAAAGGUUUACUUUAAUACUCAACGCUACUGGGCGCCCUUUCCCAUGAGCAUUUAUAGAGCGUUUCAAAAAAUCGUCGAAGUGUCCGGUCUUUGUAUAUAUUUGCUGCAGAGACGUAGCUAGACGUAGACGUGAGUGAGUCAAUUUUUCAAAAAUGCGGAUCGGAAAGAAACCCUUGGGCUUGGCAGGAAUUGCCGAGAAAUGAAUUUACAGAUCCCACUAUUGGAAAUUCACCAAGACAAAAACUUCGAAGUGAAAUUACCCGCCAGAAAAGAGAAGCUAUGAUGGCGAAGAGACUCUCUGCAUACCGGCUGAAAUCACUACAUCGGGUGAUACUAGACCUGCAGGAAGGCUUCCCUUUAAACAUACUUCUUAGAGGAGCUUCUGGGAGAGGAAGGAGCAGAGAGAAUCCUAAUAUUGUUGAGGAUCAGAGAGUAGCUGAUAGUCUCCAUAAACCAGUCAUGGUAAAAGAAGUGCUGUCAUUCUUUGCUCCACAAGAAAACCAGGUUUUUGUAGACAUGACCUUUGGUGGAGGUGGACAUACGCAAGAACUGAUUAAAUCUGCUCCAGGAAUCAAAGUUUAUGGUCUUGAUAGAGAUCCUUUUGCUUAUGAGCUUGCACAGAAACUCAGUCUGCAUUACAGGGGUCAGCUGUGUCCGUUGCUUGGAAAGUUUAGUGAGGUGAAGGAUCUUCUUUCUGAGAAGGACAUCUCUGGUGUCGAUGGAAUACUGAUUGAUGCAGGGUGUUCAUCCCUUCAGUUUGACACUCCAGAGAGAGGAUUCUCUAUCAGUCAGGAUGGACCUCUUGAUAUGAGAAUGGAUGCAAACAGAAUUCCUUCACAACCUACUGCAGCUGAUGUUGUAAACUCAUUGGACCAUGCCACUCUCACUCAGAUAUUGCGGACAUACGGAGAAGAAUCAAAAGCCAAAAGAAUUGCUGAGGCAAUCAUAGACUACCGAGCAAACUUCAGAAUUUUUUCUUCUACUUCGGAACUUGCAACGGUGGUUGCCUGUUGUCACACCCAUAGAGAUGCUAAGAGCAAUCGAGACAAGCUUGGACGGCACGCUCAUACCGCUACCAAGACCUUUCAAGCAUUGAGGAUAUUUGUGAACAAUGAGCUUAAUGAACUCGCUGUGGCAAUGGAGUCAGCAUGGGAUCUCUUGAAACCUGGUGGAAAAUUAGCUGUUCUGACCUUUCACUCAUUGGAAGACAGAGUUGUUAAGAGAUCGCUUCAGGGCAGACAUGUAUCUGAGAGAGGGAACUCAUUGCGUCAAAAGAGGAUGAUGGUGUCUUCUGAAGAUAGUGGUGUACAGAGGUGGGAAAUAGUCAAGAGAAAAGAGCUGACUGCAGGCGAUGAAGAAAUCAGUUUGAACCCCAGAGCAAGAUCAGCUAAGCUCAGAACUGCCAUUAAGCUGUAAAAUUUGUCCAUGAGUUAUUUCUCAUUAAAUCUUACCAAAAAUCAAUAUCUUCAUAUUUAGACAGCUCUUGGAACAGACGAAUGGAUUCAAUGUAGAUGCUGUCGGUUUUCAUAGACUGAUUAGAUCAAUGUGUUGCAAAGCAGUGCAAUGUGCAGCGAUACUAAAUGAUGUCAUUAUGAGCUACAUAUAGGUCACAUUUAUAUAAUCAAGGCCCUUGUGAUUUUUGGGGAAGGAGGUAUCGGAAAAAAAGUAUUCCUGUGUGCUAGAGCUAAUACACCCCUUAAAUGCCCCUAGCCCUGGAAAACCAAUAAAGACCAAAUGAAAUGCCCCUAGCCCUGGAAAACCAAUAAAGACCAAAUGAAAUGCCCCUAGCCCUGGAAAACCAAGAAAGACCAAAUGAAAUGCCCCCUAGCCCUGGAAAACCAAGAAAGACCAAAUGAAAUGCCCCCUAGCCCUGGAAAGCCAAGAAAGACCCAAUGAAAUGCCCCUAGCCCUGGAAAACCAAUAAAGACCAAAUGAAAUGCCCCCUAGCCCUGGAAAACCAAGAAAGACCCAAUGAAAUGCCCCUAGCCCUGGAAAACCAAGAAAGACCCAAUGAAAUGCCCCUAGCCCUGGAAAACUAAGAAAGACCCAAUGAAAUGCCCCUAGCCCUGGAAAACCAAGAAAGACCCAAUGAAAUGCCCCUAGCCCUGGAAAACCAAGAAAGACCCAAUGAAAUUCCCAUAGGGUCCAAUGUAACCUGAAAUACACACAAAAAAAGGUUUUGGCACAAAAUAACCCUCAAUAUUUUUUUUUUAAAUUAAUUUUUGCUUGAGCCUUGAGGUGUAGAUGAUAUAGAAUUAUAUUGGAUGCUCUUAUUUCAUGGAAUGCAGGAAAUGUUCCACUGGUUAAAGGCCAAUAUUUCCCGCUCAUCCAGUCCAGUGCAUCAUUGACCCAAGGAAUAGGUAAAUUUUAUUCCUUGCUAUAUUUUGAUUCUGUAGAAAUAAAGAAAGAGCAAAAAAAGACAAAAAAAAGUGUUCUGACAGAUAUGCUCAGUGGUAGACAAUACAUUAUUCUGGUAAUAUUUUACAUCCCUCAAAAAACAACCUAGACACAUUGUUAUCAUGAAAGGUAUUUUAUUUAUUUGUUUUGAUAUCAUUGAACAGUUGUAGGUCUCUCUGUAUCAAAAAGGGUGAAAGAUCAUUUGAUUUCACUUGGUAAAAGUUUGCUUGCAAGAUUCAUAUUGACAAAUAAUUAUGCAUAGACAAUAAACAUUGGUCAUUGAUGCAUUGAGGGUAUAUUUGUAUUAUUAUGCUGUUGGAGAUCACAUGGUAAGGUCAAGAGUCAUUUUUUAAAUCCUACUUGCAUGACUUUCCUGUGAGACAUAACCUUACACACAUUGCUGCUAUGGCAACUAAGCAUGGGUAGAUGCACUUGAAUACAUUCAUGUUUUGUACCUUUGAAGAUCUCAUAAGGUCAAAAGCCAUUUGAGAUCCAAUAUUCAAAUUUGUCUGCAUGACACUUUAAUGAUAUAUAGCCUACCUCUGUAUCUGAAACUUCAGUUGCAAUAAAAAAAACCAUUGGAUAUUGUGGGGUACUAAUGCAAGAAAAGUAUUGCAUGCUUUUUUGGAAAUAAGAUAGAAAGAAAUAUUAUAGAUAUAUAUAAUUCUCUUUGUAUGUUUAGUUUAUCAGACUAGUUGAUAUGGUGUGCAGUUAUUAUGUUGAAGGUUUUCUAUCUGAAUUCCUUUUUAGCUCAUCUAGCCCGAAGGGCCAGAUGAGCUUAUGCCGUGUCGUCUGUCGUCCGUCCACGAUUUCAAAAUGCUUCUUCGCCAUUUCAAGUCUGAUUUCAAUGCUGUUUGCUUUAAUAUAUGAUAGCACUAGGUGGGGGAUUCAAAACUUCUACACAGAAUUUUGAAACUCAUUAAAUAUGCUAAUUUAUGUGCAUUUUUCAAAAUUCACAAAAAAUGCUUCUUCUGUAUUUGUUGACCGAUUUUGAAUUUUUUGCUUCCAUCUGGUAGAGCUUCAUGAGGUUCACCAAACUUCUAAACAGAAUUUUGAAAUUUUGACUAGAACAAUUUUUAUGCUAAUUUAAUUCAUGCAUAUUUUAAAAAAAAUUCACAUACAUGUAAAAUGCUUCUUCUUCAUUUAUUGAAUGAUUUUGAUUUUUUUUUCUUCCAUCUGGUAGAGCUUUAUGAGGUCCACCAAACUUCUACACAGAAUUUUUAAAUUAGGAGUAGAAAAUUAUUCAUGCUAAUUUAUGCAAAAUUCAUAAAUCACAGAAAAUGCCUCUAUAUUUGUAAACUGAAUUUCAAAAUGCUUCUUCUUCAUCAUUUCAAGUCUGAUUUAGAUUCUGUUUGCUUUAUAUGAUAGGAUUAGGUGGGGGAUUCAAAACUUCUACACAGAAUUUUGAAACUCGUUAAAUAUGCUAAUUUAUGCGCAUUUUUGAAAAUUCACAUAAAAUGCUUCUUUAAUUGUUGACCGAUUUUGAAUUUUUUUCUUCCAUCUGGUAGAACUUCAUGAGGUUCACCAAACAUCUACACAGAAUUUAGAAAUUUUCAGUAGAAAAUUAUUUAUGCUAAUUUAUGCAAAAUUUAUUCAGAAAUCACAGACAAUGCCUCUUCUUUUUUUUUUGACUGAUUUUGAUUUUUUUUUUUCCAUCUGGUAGAGCUGCAUAAGGUUCACCAAACUUGUUCACAAAAUUUUGAAAUUUUGUCUAUAAAAUUAUUUAUGCUAAUUUAUGAAAAAUUUAUUCAUAAAUCACAAAAAAUGUUUUUUCUUCUUCAAUUUGUUGAUCAAUUUCAAUUUUGGUUGGUUAAUAUGAUAGCUCGAGGUGGUGAUACAAAAUUUCAAUACAGAAUUUGAAACUCAUUAAAUAUGCUAAUUCAUAUAUUUUCAAAACUCACCAAAAAUACUUAUUUAUUUGUUGAUUCAUUUUGGUUAUUUUUUAUCAAUCUGAGAGCUACAAGAGGUUCACCAAGGUUCUACAGAGUUUAAAAAUUUUGACUAGAAAAUUAUCUAUGCUUAAUUUAUAUGAAAUUUAUUCAUAGAUCACAAAAAUGCUUCUAUGCUAUAGAAUUGAAAUUGAUGAAGAAAUGGCAUUGCCAUUUCUUCAUCAAUUUCAAUUCUAUAUCCUCAAUUUAUGUCACAAAUAUAAUUUGCUACAGUGUCAACUGGGCUGAAAUUAAAAUUAUGUUAAAUUUCGUUGCGAGAUGCGGGAUGAGCUCCAAAUCAUUAAUGUGCUAGUUUUUAAAUGAUAUGUUUAUGAAACUUUUCAAAUUAUUUAAUGAAUAGCUUCAGAGGAUAGUGCCGAAAAAGAGCAUGAAUGAUACAAAAGACUCUGCCUUAGUCGAUCUUCAAAUAAACUUUACUCAAAUAAUUGAUAAUUGCCCAACUCGACAUUUUUUCAGACCAGAAAGUGAAAACAAUACAUCAUCUACGUCGAGCAGAUCUUUGUGGUAAAAAAAAAUAAAAUAAAAAAUAUGGAGUCUGGC